AUGAAAUAAAAAAUAUCUGAUAUUGCUAAACAUACCCCUCUUACUAAAAUCACAUUUGCUCUUCUCGGAACUAACACUUUAUUAGGCUGGAGCGCUGUUUUAACAUCUUUUGAUUACUUUAGUGACAAAUUCCCUUAAGAUGAGUUUCCUGAUGUUGCAUUUUACUUUCCAAUCCCAUUGAAAAUAGGAACUUUUAUUUGGACUUUUGCAAUGGCCUUUUUGAUGAAGCAUAUAUCUUUAAAAUUUAGAAUAUGUGGAUUCAUUGCUAUUUAAGGAGUUUUAAUGAUGCUCUUACCUAUAAUUGCAAAUUAUAUGUAGACCAAUUUAGGUUACGCUUUAAUGAUAACUAUUUGCUUUCUAGUCGGAUCAACUGCAUGUAUUGUUCAAAAUUCAAACCUCGCUCUUGUCUCAAAUUUUGAUAAGCUAAGCUUGAAACUAUAUUGGGUAUUUACUUCUAUAACUCAAUUGAUUAUGAAUCUAUGCAGAGCUAUCAUUCUUGUAAUUUUUGGUGACAAUUAGGAAGGUAUUAAUACAGGAAUAUUUGUUUAUUAUGCAGUUGCUGAUCUUGUGAUGAUAAUAACUAUAAUUUCAGUUAUAAAAUUCCUAAAAACAUCAUUUUAUCUGGAUAUGCUUGAAAUAAAUAAAUUACAAUUAUAAAACGAAAGCGAAAACACUGAUGAUGAAAACCAAGUAUAAUAAUAAGAAUCGAUUUCUAAUCUAUCUUCUAGCUAAAUUUAACAUCAAGCUGAGUAGUCUUUGCUCUAAAAAUAAAAUAAAAUUUAAAUGGCUAAAAAUUGUUUCAUGAAAGUGAAAUUCAUUUGUUUUUCAAUUUUAUUGACUUACAUUAUUUAAUACAUGCUUUUCCCAGGAGUGGCUGUUUUCUAAAAAUAAUAUCAUAUGAUUCAUUCUAAAGCUUGGGCUACUUUGAGCAUGCAAAUAGUUUACAGUGUUGGAGACUUAGUUGGAAAGUAUCUGAGUACAUUUAAUUUUUAUAAUACUACCGCUCUCUAUGCGAUAUCCUUAAGCAGAUUAUUCUUAUUCUUUACAUUUUUAAUGAUUGCUCAUGAUUAUGAAUCUUCCUUCUUUUAGAAUGACAUAUUUGCCUUCAUUAAUAUAUUUAGCUUAAGUUUUACUAAUGGAUUUGUUACAGGAGGGUUUAUGACAAUUGGUCCUCAAAGAGGUUCUAAUAACUAAGAAAGAAGCUUAAUAUCAAUAAUCUAAACUUUCUUCUUGACAUUUGGAAUUUCUGUAGGCACAUUUUUAGCUCUUACACUAAAAUUUUGA